AUGUCCUCCUCUCACACGGAUGACUUGGUGGCUUCAUUGGUGCGCAAAUUGGAGACAUCUAUUGACAACAACGCCACAGAGUUCUUGGUGAAAGAGUUGAUGGCGGCACAAAAAGAGAAUGCAGACCUAACAAAACUGCAGGCGGAAGCCAAUCAUCAACAGCAAAUGGACACUUUGCGCAUGCAGGUCGAAACGCUCCAGGCACAGGUGGAAGCCAUCCACAACGAUCAAACAACAGAUCUCAAGAAACGAGAGGCUGAUACAGAAAAGAAAUCUUCAUCCAUGGUCGUGGGUCUCAUUCAGUCUGGAAGACAUGUUCAUUGCGUCAAAGGGAGUGCUGUCACGGUCUGUAUCCCCACAUCAUUUCACCGUCCCUAUGGAGGCCAACUGCCACCCAAGGUUCAAGUUGCACUGGACCAGGUGGACCUGGAGAAUAAAUACCUCACAAAAGUAAAGGUAACAGCAGAGGACAUUACCCAAACUGGCUUCAACUUGUCGUUGUCCUUGGAAUGCCAUACUGUGGUGCCUCCCUCGUUGCAGCUUCCUGUCUUGAAUCCCCCAGAAGAACAACGCUUCUAUUCUUCCGUUCACUGCAAUCACAAAAUCGGUACUGGGUGUGCCCGAUCCAUGCUGGAUUCCCCACAAGGAUGGCUUGCCGGGGUGAAGGAUGGCAAUCAAUGGAUGGUGAUGGAUGCUGGGAUGGUCGUAGAUGCCAUUAACGGGAUUGUGAUAACCAAUCGAAAAGACUGCUGGUUCAACCAAGUUGUAACAAAAGUUGAAGUCGAUGUCUCCGACGACACGGGAGAUUGGAAGAAAGCCAUGGAGGCAACCGACACUAACAUUACCGUUGAAAACAACAUUUCGUGGCUGUUAUUUGAUCAACCUGUCCCUGCCCGCUUUGUCAGGAUCCGUGUCUUGCAGUGGGAAGACCACAUCUCCAUGCGAUGUGCCUUGAUCCUGCAGGGAGCGGCAUCCAAGACUAAGGAUGUUGAGUAUAGGGUAGUGAAAGAUCCGUUCAUCUAUUCACGACGAAGCAUCUCAGUUGGUGUAGGCUGGACUGCCUUUCCUGCAGUCGAAUGA